CCUGACGACGGCGGUAACCUCUUCGUCUUCGCCAACAGUCGCGCUGUUAAAUACGAUCACCGUAUAAACGCCGUCGUGAAAGAGUAUCCACCGUUAGACGGCGGUCCGAGAAACUAUCCGUCGGGUGGAUCUUCGGCGAUGCUAGCGAUCCAAGGAGACUUCGCCACGGCGGAGAUACUAAUCUGCGGCGGAGCUCAAUCCGGAGCCUUCACAGCGCGUGCGACCGACGCUCCGGCGCACGGGACCUGCGGAAGAAUCGUUGCAACUGCGGCGGAUCCGGUUUGGGUGACGGAGGAGAUGCCGUUCGGG